AUGCCACCGCACAUGUUCGACUGUCUUCCACUGAUCGAUACGUUGUUGGCUAUAGACCUAGACUUCCCUCCUCGCGACUCAUUACAUUCACACCCGUCGACAGCGACUAUGGACACAAUGUCCUCAUCACGUCCGUACACUUCUUCAAAUGACUCCAUACGUACAACUGAGACUCGGUCCACAGACUCUGCACCCUCGAUUCGAGCUCCUUCACUCUACUCCGGCGGUCCAAGACGUGGGCCGGUGAAGAGGGUCUCAUUCUCUACGUUAGUCGAUGCACGAGACGCAGAGGCGCUCGAUCUGGCCGAUGACGAUGUGGACGAUGAAGACCUAGGAGCAGACCUUUCUGCUGCAACAAGGGCAGAGCGUGCCAUAUACAAGCAUACACUUCGCUGUAAGGGCAUGGCAGCAGCCAUAAGGUGGUGGGAGUGGAAGCAGAAAGAGAAGAGGAAGAUGAAGAAGAGGAGCUGCAUGAGUCUGGUGUGA